ACCGCAGUCAGCGAGCUCAGUCGCCGCGCGGCUCUCUGUUGAUAUCCUCGUGUCAACUGUCACCUAUUUCUGUCAAGUGGAGUCAACCAGUACUAAAGGAGUCUACCCUCUUAUCGAAAUUCAGUUAGAAGCCAUGCACUUCCGAAGAGACGACGUGGCCUGUUCUGUGCUUAAUCCUGCUUACAUGCUCCACUGUGUUGUUUAGGAGGUGCAUACCAAAAAAAAAAAAGUUGCUUAUACGGGUCAGUUUUUAAAGUGUUGACAAUAUGAACGCACUACCUGAGCUACAGGAGUUGUUGCAGAAACCAAACAACAAUCCGCCACUGCUCCGCGAUGAAAAAAAGGCCUCAAUUAUUCCUAGCCAAGGAAUAAGCAAAGAGAAGAGCCAUGAUUCCAACGAUGACAUCCGUCAGAAAGACGUGGUCUCCUUAAUAAUUGGCGACUACGGUCGAUGGCAGUUAUUGAUGACGUUUCUCCUAUCACUAUUCUCUUUUCCUUGUACGUUCCACAUAUAUCUACCUACGUUUACGGUAAAAACAACAAAUUUUUGGUGUCGAAGACCUGAAAACUUAUCGAGCUUACCAUUACAGUAUUGGAUUAACUACAGUCAACCGGUCGAUGCAUGUUCUGUACGUGUGCUGCCUGCUGGGAUUACUGCAGAAAGUAUUAUGAACAAUACUGCUCCAAUCUUAGACUCAUUCCUGAGAUGCAAUGAGUGGGACUACGAUCGAUCAGAAGUUGGGGAUACAAUCAUAUCAGAAUGGGAUCUCGUCUGUGAUAGAGAAACACUCACUAAUUUAGCAGAAGUUGUGUUUCUAAUUGGAGUUGGGUUGGGAGGAGUUUUGGGAGGAUGGAUAUCAGAUAAAUUUGGCCGCAAGAAAAUACUCUUCGGGAUGAUGUUAGCUCAAAGUUUAUUAGCAAUCCUAUCCCUACUGAUGCAGUCGUACUUUCAAUAUGUAUUGGUGAGACUCAUAAUGGGCCUCGUUUCUGUGUCUGUCGUUUACGCGGCCUUUGUGCUCUCCGUUGAACUGGUAGGCGGUGCAUGGGUGACGAUUGCUGGAGUCUGCAAUUUCUUCCCACUGCCAUUAGCCUAUAUAAUUGUAUCGCUGCUAUCAAUGGUUUUACCUAAUUGGAGAGAUUUACAACUAGCUUUAUCAGUGCCAGGAUGUUUCCUACUUCUUUUAUGGUUCGUUUUACCAGAAUCUCCGAGAUGGUUACUUAGCGUGGGUAGAACGCAAGAAGCCAAAGUGAUAUUAGAAAAGGCAUCAAAAUUCAAUAAGAAAGACAAUAUAGCUGAUUUAGACAAAUUACUAAUAUUAAACAAAUCUGAAACCAGGACAGAAGAACCGAGUGUACUUAUGCUCUUUAAAGGAUAUUUAAUGAAGAGAACUUUUUGCCUAUUUAUUAUAUGGUUUUCUAUGACAAUCGCAUAUUACGGACUUUUAUUAAAUAUCGGUAAAUUCAACUUGGGUAAUUUACACAUAACUUCAAUAAUACUCGCUGUUGUAGAAAUACCUGCAAUUGCUACAAGUAUACCUAUACUAUUUAAAGCUGGUAGACGCAUACCCAUUUUCAUCUCUAUGGUGGUGUGUGGUCUUGCUUGUGUAGCGAGUGAACUGUUUUCUAUAUCCUUUGAAGAUAAUUGGAUCAUAAUAUCUUGCCUCAUGGUCGGGAAGUUUGCAAUCGCAUCGACAAAUAUCAUGCUACCGAUAUUCACAGCGGAAUUAUAUCCCACAAUAAUAAGGAAUCUGGGAGUGGGAGCCAGUCAAAUCUCAUCAGGCUUAGCACUUAUCUGCAUUCCCUAUUUAUGGGAAUUGGCUAAGUUGAAUGAACACUUACCAAUGGUGACGAUAGCAGCGCUUAGCGGCGCAGGUGGCGCUAUUGUACUUUUGCUACCAGAUACCAUCAUUUCUAAGGAACCUAAAAGGUCGGAAAAUUCUUCGUGCAAUGGAACGUUUACCGUCACUGACGAUAGAGGGCAGUAGUUGAUGUUAAAAACGCUGAAAGCUUAUGUGAUCAUUACAAAUAGUUAAAAAGUGAUAGUAAUGUUUAUUCGUGUUUAUUUUAAGUUGAAUCCUUGUUAUAUAUAAUGUUUGUCUUAAUUUUUUUUCGUUUAACGAUCAUGUAGUUAUUUAAAGACACAACUUGUAAGUCAAUAUGAAAAUCCAUAUAAAUGUUAUGAAACCUUGUUACGUUCAGAUAUUUAAUAUUUUAAUGUGAAACUCACAAUUCUAUUAGAAUAUCUUUUAUGAGUAUGUAGUGUAUUCAAAAAAUAUCCACAUGAAUCAAUACAAAUAUCUAUUUACAACAACUAGUUUAUUAAAGUUAAUAAUUGUUUUAUCCUGAAAUGUACAAUAAAUAUUGUGUUAUAUUUAAAUUUAUGUAUAUUUGUAAAUAAAAUAAUUGUAAGAAUAUUUAUACAUACCUACGUUAGGUAUGUACUAAAACAGUUACCAGGUUUAUACUAACAUAUGAAUGUGUCAGUAGUGUUAAGUAGAUUUUAAUUAAAACAUAAUUGAAUAAGUUAUUAAUUUAAGAUACUACUUUAAAACAAUUUUAAGAUCGCCAAUUUAAUUAAAAAAAUGUAAUACUUUGACUUUCAAAAACCUAACAUUAAAGCUAAAAACUAAAGUAGCACAUGCAAAGACAUGCUUCACACACUACUCAAUAAUCGAUUACAUCAACACAGUCAGCAGUGUCGAUGCACUGUGACAUUGUGAGUUAUUGCUUUAAUCGUUUGCAAUAAUAUGACAUGUAACGCCAUCUAGUAGUGAUUUAUAGUAAGCGACAUGAACGUGUUUUGUUAAUGCUAUAUUAAAACAUUUAAUGUUUUAUUUAUAAAAAUAAAAUUUAUUAUAAAAAAACAAAAAAUCAAUCCAAUGAAAAUGUUAUAAUUUAGCGAUUUUAGAUACUAAAUACUUUUGUUCGUACUUUGCUUGCCUUUAAGAGUUUGGGCUUCUGUACUUACAUUCAAUAUUAAAAAAUAUAUGUUUUAAUUAUCUUUGUAUAGAACGCAAUGAUAUCUGAGAUAUCUGUUAGAUUUAAAAAGACCGAGCGAACGCGAAGAUUCGUGCCUGUUUUAAAUGAGUAUGACAAGGCCAAAUUUUAAAUUCUACACAACAGACAUAGAUAAAAAUUGUAUAGCCCUGUCAAAUUUUUAGAGAUUGUUAACAACAGAAUCAGCGCCAUUGUAAUUUAUCGGCAAAAUCAUUUAGUUAUAUAGUUAGUUAUAUAGAAACCAUGAUGAAUUUACAUACUAGUUGUUUAAGAUUAUUUAUUGUUUUUUUUUAUGAAAAAUUCACAAUUAUUAAUUUUCUGUAUGAAAUCUGUGACAUUUGCUAAGCAAUGUUAUUGAACUUAAUACAUUUUCAUAAGCGAGUCGUCUUUUUGCAAGCGUUAAAAAAACUAAAGUAUAACAUAUUGUAUAUUUUAUUUGUAAUAUAUAUAUAUUGUAAAUUAUAAGAUAACUACAU